UUUUGAAAAACCCAGCAUCUCCUGUCAUACACCAUCCGGCUGACUUGACACCGAGCUCUGCUGGAGGAGCGCAGCGGCAGAGCGGAGAGGGGCCCCGGUGCUUUUCCAAUGCUGGGGAGCCGGGAACCAGGACCCGCGGGCGGCGAGGAGGCGGCGGCGGCGGGGGCCGGGUCGUCGGAGCCGCUGAGCCGGGCACACCACGGGAAGGAGACGCCGCCCGGCCGCGCAGGGUGUCGUCUCACCGGCCUUGUCAGCUGGAGGCAGAGACCGUGCAGGACUUCAGCCCUGUUUGCUGCAGCCCUCAGCAUCCUGUGGUUCGUGGCCUUCAGCUCUCUCCGAGCGUACAGCCUCCUGGCCGUCAUGCUGGCUCUGCUGGUCGUCACGGUGACCGCCAGAGACAUCGCUCGGUCCAGAUCGACAGGAGCUCACUUAUGGCGCAGCAUGACUGCAAGCUGGGAGAUCAUCGACUCAGGCCAGGAUAGCCGGUCUGGAACUGGACUUCAGCUCAGCGACUCCCUCAAACUCUUCCUCCAGGAGACGUCGGCUUUCAAACAGCAAAACCCGGGCAAGUUUUGCCUGCUGGUUUGCAGUUUGUGCACCUUCUUUGCUGUCUUAGGACGCUACAUUCCAGGGAUUGUUAUCUCAUAUGUUCUAGUGCUUGGCGUUUUCCUGUGGCCUCUGAUUUCAUCUCACGAGGUCGGUUUGUGGCUGGAACCAGUUCUGCAGAAACUGGACUUUGGCAUCGGGGAGUUCCUUCGGAAAAUCAAAGAGAACCAUGAGAAGAGGAUCAUGCAGGCUCAGACUGAGAAAGAGGGCAUCGAGUCGGACCUCUCUUCCAUGUUUCCCAAGCUCGACUCCACGGCGUGUAAGGAAAUGUCUGUAUCCGACACAGAGGUGUCUGACGUGACGUGGACGGACAACGGUACUUUCAACCUGUCAGAAGGACACACGCCACAAACUGAGAACUCAGAAGACCUCGACAGAGAAGAAGCCUUCACUGGCGGUCUUCCAGAAUUCCCCUCACUUGACAACGGCACAACGACCAAUGGUGACGAUGACGAUGACCUCAGCCUCGGUCUUCCCUCACCUCCACCUCAGCCUGGGCAGCCAAUCAAAUCCAAGCAUACAUCCUCCUCUCCUUACAAAGACCAAUCCACCGACAAAGCCCUCGAAGUUGUCAACCAGAUGGCAGGCGACUUCAUCGCCGCCGCUGUCACAGCCGCCAUCCAGGAGAGAAUAGAGGCGGCGGUUGGCCUGACGGCGCUGAGCGAAGCCUCGGAGCGGUCGAGGCUCACAGAGUCCACCAGGCUGCUAGAGCUGGCCGAGGAGUCGGACAGCGAGGUGGAGGACUUUGAGCUGCUGGACCAGUCGGAGCUGGAGCAACUGGAGGGGGAGCUGGGGCUCGGAGAGGAGAAGGUCCAGGCCAAAGAGGAGGAGAAAGCUAAGAGUGACAAGCCGGCCUCUUCUGGAUUCUUCUCUAAACUUCUGAGACGCCAGUAAUUGAUCGGCCGGUGGUGGUGGGGGGGGACGAAUUACACAGGACAUGUGGAGGGGAGCACAGUUGGGGGUUGUUUCCAUUUAUCUUUUUUUUCUGUAGAGCUAACAUUAAAACUUCAAUAUUGAGGUGGAAGUAAUGUCACUUUAAUCAUAAUCAUCGAAGCCUAAUGCCGAGAUCAGAACACACGAUCAAGUCAGAUAAAGACCCGACUCGGAGGGUGCUUUGGCCAGUGCAAUGUGCACGUCACUACAUAUUUAUUUUAUUUAUUUAUUAACAUUUAUUUAAUCUUUUGUCAUGCGCCCCAUACAGUAUUUGCCCGUACUACCCAGCAGCCAAUUAGCCUAGAGGUCAUGUUGCAAGUCUUAUAUUAACGUUUAGAUACAAAUACGGGUAACGAUGUGGAGCUUUCAGGUGCGUGGUGGGUCUGCAAAACUGGAAUCAGCAGGACUCUGGUUGAAAAAUGUCCUCCUACUUUGCAAAUUUGAGAAGAUUUAUUGUUUUUCACUGCUUCAGGCGUGUAGCGGUAGCAGUCAGUCAAUCACGUUGCAUUAAAUCGCAGUGAUAAUUUUUUGUAGAUCUAGGUAUAAAAAGGAUCACAUGCAGACAGAUCUCGUUUCACCCCAUUAGUCUUGAUACCAGUCGGUGCUGCAGUCAGUACCUUAAAGAUGUACUGACACUGACAGCCCUAUACUAUGAUACUAUGAAAUACAAACAUAUCGUGUAGUCUGAUCCCGGCAUAAAAGGUUGUUGAUGGAGGACUAAGGUCCCACUUUUGGUUUUAAUAAAUUGCUGUGGGUAUAUUUGUCUUUUCAAAGCACCUUCUGUCACUUAUCACUAAAACACUAAAUCGUUCAAACUUAUGAAGAAAAUACAAACGUAUAUUUAAAAAAUAAAAACAGGACUUAAACAUUCCCAAAACAGACUUUCCCCCUUCAUUGUUUUGUAAGCCUGAAUUCAUCCCAGAAUUGCAUUGAAAAGUCCAGUAACUGCAGCAAUGUGCACAUUUGACCUGUAAUUUCGGGUAGAGUCUUUGUGUUAUAUGUGACUGACUGCCUUUAGGUUCAAACACAACGUUCACAGCUCACAACACAACUUCACCACGUUCACCUCACUGCUGAAUUUAUUCAACCAACUACAUUGCCCAGAAUUCCAGGCAUCAAAUCAAAUGACAAUCACUCAGCGAUGAAAACACCUUAAAUGCUCAACAUACUACUACUGUUUGACUGUGAAGAUUAAACAGUAGGUAACCUUUUUUUAUUAUUAUUUCCUUUUUUAAUUUUAUAUGUUUUUUUUUUUAAAUAUUUAUGUUGUCGUGACUUUUAUUUUAUUUCAACAUGCAGUAGGUCUCAAAAUACUAUGCAUGGAAAUCUCAUUUUGAGACAUAAAUAUAUUAAAACAUUAAAACAUUUUACUUCCAGUGCAUCGAGCUCAUGAAUUUAAGAAAAAACGUACUUUACUGCAUUUGGAUCAUCCUCUAACCAGUCAAAUUUUGAUUUUCAUAGGUCAUUGUUAUCAGACUCGUAGUGUGCCGACUGGUUUUGCGAAAUCAUUGGAUAUUUUUUUAUAGAAAUGUCUCCAAACAAAAACAAACCACUGCAAAAUAAAUUUUAAAAUGCUGCAUACUUACACAUUUAGUCAGAUCUGAAGAACCCAGACUUUCUUUUAGGGGCCUUUUUCUAACUGAUUGAUGGAUUUAAAGGAAUAUUGUUCAAGUCCUAGAUGAUCUAUCCAUGUAUGAUACAUCCAUGCGGUGCCAUCAACAGUUAAAACCUGACGCGGAUGUACAGGUUGUGCCACCUGAUAACAAGCUUUGACUGAUUAAACACAAGGGUCCAGGGUGCCAUGGUAGCCCCUUGGUUGGAGCCCUGACCAUGGAUCACCGUGUUUGUGUCGUGGCCCGAGGAGCUUUGAGGCAGAGACAGCUAGACUCGGUCCGAUCCUAAACGUGGUCGGUACCCGAACAAAGAGAACACAGGAAACAACAUGACGCUCUGCCGAAGGAUGAGCGGACAAAACAAAAAGGUUUUCUCCAGUGAUGACUACAUGAUCAGAACUCCAGUCCUGCGGCUAUAGUACUGGAUUCUAUUAGAUCGGGUUAGACUGAAUAUAAAUCGGACCUGGUCAGCUACUAGGAACCAAGAGAGCCCAUGAAGACCUGUUGACCUCACAGCAUAGGAUGAUCCAAUGAAGUAAAAUGUAGUUUUAGUGCACUAAAAGUAAAAUGUUACAAGACGGCGUAUUUCCAUUUUCACCUUAAUUGUUGCACCUAUGAAGGAUGAUCUGCUGUCCGUCUGCUCAGUCUGUCGUGAAUUCACCGAACGCAUAAAAUGACUGAACUGUUUCUUUAACGCCUUGUACAUUAAAAGACACUGUUUUUAUAACAAAGACACAGCAAUGUAUAACGCAUCCUCUUGAAUUAAUCAUGUAAUGCCUUGUAUUAGCAUAACUCUAAAGAUAAUAAUAGAAACAUUUGUUUAUCAGUGCCUAAGAGGACUUUGUAGUGGCUGCAGUUUAUUUCUAGCUCACGUGAUAACUGUAUGAAACAAAGAAAUGUUCCAACCUCUGAAUAAUUGUUCAGAAAGGUGUAGGCUUCACUGAAUAAAAACCUUUUUAAA